AUGACAACCAGUGGUUGUGUGACAACCAUCAUGACCCCACAGAGAGAGCAGACUGCUGGGCUCAAGUUUUCACCCAGAGGCACCCGUUACAGAGAUGCAGACAGUCUGCAAAGCCAGGCUGGAUACACUUGUGUUCACACGGCCAAGCCACAGGGAGAAAAGAUGAUGAGAAAUGAAAAAGCAGCUGCAGGAGAGCCACAGUGUGGACAGAGGAUGAUUUUCACAGGUCCAGAUGGAAUCGGAGACUACAGGCCAAGAUCGAAUUAUUUUCCCCAGUACAUCGGUGUGGGCAACUCAUCACCUGAGGCUACGGGUGACCUCAGUUACCUGUGUCGGGCUGCACCAAACGCCGCCCCUCCUGUGCCAAGGCAGGGAUAUGUGGGGGAAGUGGGCUGGGGCUGGCAGUACAACCAGCUGUUGAACAGUGGGACACUGCACAGCAAUAUGCAAAUUAAGAAAACUGAAUUCCGGGAAGCGCUGGAGGACAAAGUGACUCAAAGGUUUCAGAGCUAA